UUAUUAAACCAUAGCAAGCCCUUGGCUUUAUAUCCAAAUUGUGAACAUUCGGAAUGAUUUAUUUAUUUUAACUUUUGCUUAAACACGUAGCAUAUUUUGAGUUAAGUUUUUUUUUUUCUUUUGUACUUCCUAAUACAUACCGACACUAAAGCUGAGGCUUUCAAGCAAUCGGCAUGUUUUAGUAUAGUCCCUAGUCAGUACAUUUUCUACACCAACUGUUUAAAAGUGGUCUCAGAGACAAACACUUAAAAAUUCCAUAUACGUAUUUAUUUAUUCAUUUUUUUGGUGAACAUAUCCAAAGCAAAAUUAUUCAAGUUCCAGUGGCGUGAUCCCCUCCGCAGGCAUAUCAGGUGAGAGUAAGAGCGAUUUGCUGAAGACCCUUGGGUCAGGACACCUACGGCGGAAUCGCCGAUUGUUCCGGAUUGAAGAUGAAGCCGGAGCAGCUGAAUCGUCUAAUCCGAGGCAAUGGUCGAGUGCAACCAUGGUUCCUCCGGAAUACCAGCGAGAUCUACGAGAGUGCCGUGAGAUCAUAUUACGAGCAUGGAGCCUCAGGCCACACAACACAUAAAAGGCACUCUCGCUUGCCCCAUCAAACGGAGGAGAAUCCGGGCCCAAUAAGGAAGCUAAAGAAGGCAGAGACAAAGCCUAGUUAUCUUGACGAAUAUCCUCGUAGCCACCAGAUGCAGGCAAAGCAGGCGCAAAUUAUAGCCUCCGGCCAGCUACUGCCCAAGAGGAUUCAAACCAGCAGCCGCCAGCGUUCGAUAUCCUUCUCGCUGGGCGGCAAGGAUAUGGCCAGUGGCGGGCGUCCUUACUCCAUCCUUGGGAAGACGGAAAAGGAGGACUGCAGCUCUACGAAUGUCUCCAGCACCAACAGUCAACCCUCGGAUCACAUGCUCGGAACGGCUUCCUAUCCGCGUUGCCUGCAGAAGAGCCGAGCAAUGGCCCGAAGGGAACGCAAGGUGGCACGACAGGAAGAAAAGGAUGCCGAGGAGAACAACACACAGCAGCUGGACAUGGACAUGAGGUUGUUCAGUGCCCGAUCCCUGAGUGUGCCACCACCCACGGGCCUGGGAAUGGGCAACGCUCUGCCCGGUCGGAUGCCACCAUGUCGCAAACAUCACAUGAAUGCCAUAGAGAAGACCACGCUGGCGAAGCCACCAUUGAUACCCAUGGGAGAGGGUGACUCCCUGAUGACCGUCGAUGAGGCGUUGAAGCGCAAGAUUUCUGUGGUAGAUUCCGUCAAGGGGCAUAAAACUAAUUCAGAGUUGGGCCACCAUUUGACCACCAAGGGAAACGGAAACCUACGCACCGGAAGUAACAUACCCGAUGUGAUCCGUCAGCCUCCAAAGAUGCGCUUCCGUUUCCAUACUCUAGGUGAUCGUGCCAAGCAAUUCGAGUACAUUCAAUUCGCCGAUGGACCGGUGAGCAGUUAUGCCUUCAAUCGCCGUUCUCAGGUUGGUGGUUACCCACGGAGAUUGCACAAAGGCAGCAGCACCAGCUCUAGUUCCAGUCUCAACACAAUCGGGAGACAGGAUUAUCAGCAGGUUCAGCCACAACAGCAAUCGCGAACACUCACCGGUCGCAAUGUCCUCUAUGCGAAUCAUAUGCAAAGAAGCCGCAGCCUGGAGGCAACAUCCAGUGGUCAUCGUUUGGAGACACCAGAGCCACCGCCAGUGCCAGAAGUUAAGGAUGUGUAUCGUAACUUGGAAACCCUAAGGAGUACGCGGGGAUCUAGUGUGGAUUUAAGCUCACGCUUAUCAGCCAGGAAACACCCAUCGGCAGAGAAUUCAGCAUCCUCAUCAUCAAACCAUGGACAAAUCAAUGCUGAAGGAGUCAAGUCAAUCAAAUGGGCAGAUAACACAGAGGAAAAUCCAAAAAGCAAGUCCUUAAGAACAGACACUUUAGAAUCUAGAGUGUCUAGGCAAUCGAGUCGUCACUCUGCCGAUGCAGGGCCACUGGAAAGGAGUUAUGUAACCAAUUCUCGGACCAUGAAUCCAGAUUACAGGGUAACAACUGUUACCCCAAAACAGAAUUCAAAUUAUAGUGCACAUAACGAAAGCAAUGGAACACCAAGGGAUAUCGAUUGGCGUGGAUCUUCGACGACCAAAGCACAAUCCCAGCGAUUGUUAGUAGGUGCGUCAUUCAAGGGAUCUUCGGUGGAUCCUUCGGAUGCCGCAUCGGGUAUAUUUGUCGAAGAAUCCCGUCCGUAUCCUGCACACCAUGAGCCAGCUCGUAUCACUUGCACUGCCGUGCGACGAGCGCAAUUGCAACAAAGUCCUUCUGACGAGGACUUUUCGAAUAGCCUCAGCAGGGCCCAGGCCAGGACCAAGCACAAAGUGAAGGCAACACUAGAGAAACCCAAGCAGCGAGUUUGCGCUGGGAAUGCCAACCGGCUAAGUCGCUCCAGUCAUCGUUCCUUUUACCAGGCAGCCCAAGAGGAGAACCUGUCGGCAGGACAUGCAACCGAUAAAUGUGAACACAACCAGAAACAGGAGGAGUCUGAGAAAAAGUCGGAGAAGUCUGACAAAAAGUCGGAGAAGAAGUCGGAGAAGUCGGAUCAGAGAGAGCCAAAUCUGGAUAUGCAAAGGAGGGUGCAAGGAUCCAGAGCCAUCCCUGUUCCGUCAUCUCAGCCGGUAAAGGCUGCCCUACAGCUCAGAGGAAACAAUCAUUUGUUGGCUGCCAGUGCCACGCAGGUGUCGGCCUACAAGCGUGCCUAUCGCAACCAUCAGCAAAUGCUAAAGGUGGAGGCCCUACACCAGCAGGCACAGUCUAUGAAGAAGCCCAACCUGAAGCUUAACCCAAGCCGCAGUUCGGAGACGAGGCCGCACGUGACACCGCUGCAGCUUCCAGCUGCAGACCUAAGACCCUUUCACCUACCAAGGGUGCAAGGCCGACAGGGACCUACUCUAGCGGUUAGUCGAACCUCGGUUCGUGCCGCUCUCAAGGCCACUGCAGAUGGAAAAAUAAAAAGGAUGGCUUCAAGAAACGCAGCCAAUGGCUCUCCAAGAUCACCAGUAAAAGCAGCAGCAACUCCUGUAACAGCGCCCUUGACUGCAGGCGGAAAGCCAACGUCCAGGCAAAAGUCACAGACACCGCGUACACCAAAAGCCAGCGGAAAGGGAGCAGUGUCAGGAGCUGCAACUGCAACAAAAGCAGCAGCGGGGACUAAAACAAGGACUAAACCAGAUGGAGGAGACCCCCAAAGGAAUGGGGCAGUAGGACGAGCAAUGCGGCAAUCAGCUGUGAUGCAAGCCGUGCAGCAGCAAUACUCCUGCAACGGCAACGGCAGCAACUGCAGCGGUAAAGGCAGUCCGCUGCUUGGCUAUCGCCGUGAUACCGUUAACCGCGCUGCGUUAUCACUGCAGCAGCGACGCGACGAAUCCGACCUGAAGUCGGCACAAAACCCACAGCAUCGUAAACAGCAUCAGCAUCAGCAUCAGCGCCAGCAGCAGCAGCAGCAACGUUUGAGGUACCAGGCGAACAGAAAUCAGCAGCAAGCAACUGCAUUUUUGGUGGUCAGGAGUUGCCAGAUCGAUCACAUGCGCCAUCGAUCCGGGAACGCUGGACUGCCUAAUGGUGCCAGAUCGAUCGCAUAUGCCAUCAAUCCGGCAACGCUUGACUGCCUAAUGGUGCCAGAUCGAUCGCAUAUGCCAUCGAUCUGGCAACUCUUGACCACCAAAAAUGCAGUUGCUUGCUGCUGA